AUGUCUUCCUACUAUGUGGGCCACGCCGAGGAGGCCAGAAGAAUGGCGGUACUUCUGCGGGUAAGUGCCGCGGCAGAGGUUCUCCUGAACGAUGGCGCGGUGGGGCCUUUCCGUGAGCAUCUUCCCACUGUUGAGUUUGUUGUUCGCAACGCAAAAACAUUUGUGGCAUGGCCGCCCCCUAUAUUAUCGACGGUUGAGGCGUCGCUGCUCCAUGGGCGGGAGCCGCUGGGAGCGUUGGAGACCGAUGAUGUGACGCUUGAUGGUGUGACGGAAUUGGAGCGUGUGAUGGGUCCAUCUCUUCGUUUCUACGCCCCACUGGGGGGACAGUUGUCGAAGGAGUUCAGGGUUCUGCUUCGCAAUGGGCUUGCUCGCCUGUUAACGCGACAGGCACUUCAGCGGCUGUGUGACGCAAAACGGCAGACACACGAGGACGGCAGCGACGUAGCAGGCGAGUUUGGCACUAGCCUUGUUGACAGUGGUUCUAACGAUGGGUCGAUGGCCCCAUUUUUUUUGAUUAAAAAAGGGCCUCUUAAUACGGAGUUGGCUUCUGUUCACUGGUCACCGCAGUCUCUGCAACAAUGUAUUCACCACGUAGCUGUGGGUUCCCCACAGUUCACUGCGCUAAUUCCAACAGCCAUGACGUUAAUUCUCUGCUCAGGUGACUGGAAGGCAUCCUCGAUGCCGCGCCGGCCACCUGCUAAGGGCAACCUUUAUGCAUCAAAGAAAUUAUGCCGUAUUCUAUUUACCAUUGAACGAAUAGCGGUGGUGUGGCAGAGCAUACAUGAUGAAUUUACCGCAGACCGACUUGCUUCUAUUUUGUAUGGUUCCUAUCUUAAGCCGGCGGAACAAAUGCGAGAAGCGGGUGGGGAGGUGCUCCAGGCGCCUCUGCUGCAUCCCCAAGAUGCCAUGGAUUGCUAUCACCGUGCCCUGGCGUUGGCCCAGAAAGGAAUUCUGUACCCGUAUCGUCACGCACUGCGGCCACCGCCCUCCAUGGAGGAUCGCAUGGAAGGCGCGGAAACGGAUGAUAUUGAAGACGAGAUCAUAUAUUUUUUCCGUGACGCAGCGUCGCAGGAAGGACAAGAUAUCGCACCGGCGAAUCGAUAUCUGAACCUUCUUCUCCACUUGCAAAGAAGUACCACCGUUGAUUUUGAAGAGAACGAGUUAUACAAUAAUUCCUUACUAGCACAUGAACGAGCGCUUUUUCCUCGUUCCCAUGUACUUCUACAUGUGUGGUAUGCUUUGCAUCGCCAGGCGGUGGUGGCCGCAGCCAAUGCAGCACACACUCUUCUACUGAUAAAACCUUCUUCCACCUCCUCGUUUGAUGCUUCAUCGGCGAGUGGGUACAAUGCAAACAUCCUUCAGCAGCGUCAAAUACAAGUUGCUCGAUGGUGUGCGCGUGCAUUUGAUGUUUUGCAGCGCCUUUUGGGGUGGCGGAACGUUGUGUUGCCCCAGGGGACAGAAGAAGAUUUGGUUUUAAGAAAAGAAUGGCUCUGGUUGCACACCAUCAAGUUCAAGCUGCUUAUGCGUCAGGCGAAGUUGCUGCGUGUUGCGGGAUCUCUUGAAGCGAGUCAUACAGUUCAGGAGGUAAUGGGGGAGCAGCUGCGGAUCUUCCCCACGCAGAUUCAGCCACUCUGUUGUGAUGAAAUGGGAAGUGUAUUGCGAGAUGUCAGUAACCAACUCAUGCAAGAAAGGGUCCUUCUUCGGGAGGAGAUGAACCAGAAGGGAGGGCUGAUUCUUCGUUUAUGA